AAUAUGAUCGUCUUGGGAGUUGUAGACGAGUGGCACUUUGGAGAGUAGCUUUUAUAGAGCGUUGUUCGGCUUUGUAAGUGCCUUCCCUGAACUCAUGUCGUUGUCUAGUUCUGAGACCACGGGAUUUGAAUUGCUCUGCCAACGUAUUGUAUUGUGUGUGUGUGUGUGUGUGUGCUUGUGCUCACAGGUACUUACCGGCUCAACCUCAAGCUUGGUGUGUAUCAGCCCGUCAAUAUUUUUUACCAAAUCCCACCUGUUCCAAGCUUGCCUUGUUGGAUUUCCUGAGAUGCAUGAAAAUGCUAACUUGCAUUGGCUAUCACUGCUCUUCAAGAUAUCGUCCGUCGGCCACUUGAUCACGACAUUCGUCUUGAAUACUUGAACUAUUGCCGACUACCUUGAAUCAGUAACUCAACUCGCUUUCUUCACGGUCUUGGUGCGAUGCAUUCCGAGUUUUUCCCACUCCUGCUUUGC